AUGGCACCACCAAAAACGCUGACAACGCUACCGAAUGAGGUUCUGCUGCGCAUCUGCAAGCUCCUCUCCGACUCACACUUUUCCAGCCUGAGAGCGCUUUCACAAGCCAACCGACAUUGUUUCUCUGUUGCCGCCGCGGCUCUCGUUGAUACAAUUACCUUUUACAUCGGUGAUCCCGCUCAAUUGGCCCAAGAUGUUGAGAACUGCAAACAAGUACUCCAGCAGCGGAAUCACAAUUUAUUUUCCCAUGUUCGCCGCCUCAUCAUAGUUGGCUGCAUGGGGGAGCUGGAUAGUAGGCAGAUCAAUCCGCUUCACCCCGAAUACGCAAACCGAUCCUGGCAUCUAUCACUGCCCUGGACCACAGACUUUGACACAGCUCGCGCACAUCUACACGGUUUCCUCCCCGGGUCCUCCAAUGGACGCAGCGCAAUCCCCUUGACUACUUUCAAUUGCAAUUGGGGCACAUCAGUAAGUUCUAUUCUAAGCUGGAAAGUGUACUCGGGUUGGCAAGGAGAGUGUAAACAGACAUGGACAGCCCUGUAA